AUGAGGCUCUUUCCCCCUCUCUACAUACGCCUCCGCGUUCCGAUCCUCGUGCUGCUCUCCCCCGUCCGUCUCUUCCCUACAUCUCUGUGCUCCACUCUUCGAUCGUUUCUUCUCGAUAGACGAUCACCGCUCGCCCCGUUUGAACACCUCCCGCUGGCCUGCCAGAGGGGCGGCGGUGGACUUGCCAGCUGGGUGGCGACAUCGAUUGGGGAUCGGCGUCUUCUGCCCGUCGUGGGCCUCCGGGGGCUCUUCGUCGCCCUGGCCCGACGGUGUCCUCCAGAGUCUGGCCAGAGAACUUGCUGA